AAAGUGGUGCUGAAAAUGUCACAAUCUGCCCUUACACAGCAGCAGGCGCUCAGGCCAACACCGGGUUCUGGACGUUUUUAUGUGGGCAGUUCCAGGAUGGUCAGCAGGAGCCAGUCCCGGUACACCCCAAGGAGCAGCGGCGGAGGAAAGGCAGCCCCACUGCCCCCUCACCUCAGCCCCGGCGCGAUUCCUCGUCCGUGUCUUUUCAGAAGGUGUCACCUGGGAUCUCACUGCAGAGCCAUUAGACCAUUGAAAAAAAUGACAGAAAGUUGUGGGCAGGAGCAGACGAGAUGGGUAACAACAGUCAUUAUGAGCACAGCUCUGCAGGAUCAUGAAAUUUCUACAAUUCUACAGAGGCAACAACACCGAGUUCGAUAUUCAGAAUCAGUGGAAACUGGAUCUGUGAUUUUUCCUCUUUCUGGUGUUGCAUUUAUACUGUCAGACACUCAAGAUUUGCUUAGGACAGGAGAAGAACAGUUUUCUGAAAGAAUUCAGAGGUUCAUAGGCAUUCAUCGCAACAGUUUUCUGGUUUUGUCAGCUGCUCUUCAUGGACCAGAAGAAUGGAGUGUCAUGUUCAGGAUUCAGAAAAGAUUCCUGGGCAGUAAUUUACGUGUAAUACCAGUUCAUAAUCCUGCUGAAACUGUUAAAUUAAUGCUAACUAUGGCUAAGAUAACUUCCAAGCCACAAGCAGAUGAUACUCGUUACAAAAUGGAAAUGAUAAAAGCCCAAAUAACAGAAAAAAGUCCAGUUUGGAAGAUGCUCCAGGAGUACCAAUCGCACCGUAAUUAAUUUAGUGUUUGGGGUUUUUAUUCAUAAAUAGAAUGGCUACAUUUUAAACAAAAUAUAGAAUGUUCUUAAAAAUAUAAUUACAUUUAAAAAGACUAUAUACAACAUAUGCAUUUGGAAUGAAAAUUCAUAUUAAACAACUAUACAGUGAAAAAUACCAUACUUGAUACCAAACGUGCAUUCCAAGCACGGGGAAAAGGGAUUUACCUGCACUAUAGAAAAGUCAUCCUUAUUUUUAACUUGAUUCUGAACUUACAGUCUCAUCUCUUCAUAAAUAAUUUCUUUCCCAAACUAUUUACUAUGUCUUAAGGAAAACUUUAUCAUUAAAGAUAAAGAUGAUCAGAGCAAUUCCAAAAUACAGGUUUCCCAAGCAUACACAGGUAUAUGCAUGAAAUCUCACACUGCUUUUUAAACACAGGCAUUAUCUGUUAUGUUACUAAGUUUUAACAUCUUACUUGGCUCAAAGUUGAUGUGUUUUCCUUUAAACCUGGUUUCCUUUGCCACAGUGUUUUACCAUCUAUAGAUGGUAUAUUCUAUACUGUUAUCUAGCAAUACCUUACAGUCUGUUUGCAAAUAUAGAAGCUUGUUUGUCAACAUAAAACCAUGCUAAUAAAAAUAACUUAUGCU